ACUGUUAAUUAUAUUGAAAUAUGUAAUCUUAUGAAAUGGCGCUUACAACGUAUGUGCGUGAUGUGAGCGGGAGUUGUGUCGUUGUUCCUGACGUAUGACAUAAAGCUUUUGUUAAAAGGAUCUGUCUUCAUGCCUCCUAAAUAACAACAGGUCACUUCCCAUUUCCUACCACAGACACAACAGCGACACAACUGAACACGAAGAGUCACCUGCAGGAGUAAAACAUGGCGUUUGUUUCCCAGAGAGAGACGAGCGACACUUAUACUUUCUCCAGCCGCCCCAGAGUCGUGGAGAACAGGAGCCGAUACCGAGAAGCGCCGCCGGAGCAGCCUCACUAUGGAAACAUCAUGUACGACCGCCGCGUGGUCAGAGGGAACACCUAUGCCCAGCGCAUCCUGCCCACUACCACACAAGCGGAGUUGGCAGAGAUGCAGAGGCUGCAGGAGCAAAGGAGGAAAGCUGUGGCCCGGAGAAGAGCUCGUGAUCAGGUCCGAGUGAGGACUCCAGAGCCUCUGCAGGGCCGGCAGCACACGGACGUCCAGACUGGUACGCAGCACUACUCCAACUUACACCAGAGAAGAAGUGGAGACCUCCCAAGGUUCCAUUGCCUUGUGAGCAUUUGUUCCAAUCAAAAGUCCAACAUCUGCAUCUAUCUCAGGCAGUUGUACACCAUGCAAAUGUGA